AUGAACUCUCCAAAGGAAAGGUAUCCAGCACAACUCACAUGGGGUGGAGAAGGUGAAUGUUUCUACGUUGUUGGCAAUGGAGAAUUUGAGGUCUUCGCCACGCAGGUGCUAAUACAUUUUUUUUCCUCCUCCCGAAGAUAUCCCACAGAUCUAGAUUUAUCUCACCUAGAGGAGCUAUACUGGGGGUCAGGAAAACGCAUAAUGCUGCUUGGUCACAGCAAAGGUGGUGUUGAUGCUGCAGCUGCUUUGUCAAUUUAUUCGCACGAAUUAAAGGAUAAAGUUGGAGGAUUGGCAUUGGUGCAGAGUCCUUAUGGUGGUACGCCUAUAGCGUCUGAUAUUCUCCGCGAAGGCCAAGUGGCUGACAAGGAAACCCGUAAAAUCAUGGAGUUUCUAAUAUGCAAACUGAUUAAGGGUGGAGAAGGUGAAUGUUUCUACGUUGUUGGCAAUGGAGAAUUUGAGGUCUUCGCCACGCAGGUGCUAAUACAUUUUUUUUCCUCCUCCCGAAGAUAUCCCACAGAUCUAGAUUUAUCUCACCUAGAGGAGCUAUUCUGGGGGUCAGGAAAACGCAUAAUGCUGCUUGGUCACAGCAAAGGUGGUGUUGAUGCUGCAGCUGCUUUGUCAAUUUAUUCGCACGAAUUAAAGGAUAAAGUUGGAGGAUUGGCAUUGGUGCAGAGUCCUUAUGGUGGUACGCCUAUAGCGUCUGAUAUUCUCCGCGAAGGCCAAGUGGCUGACAAGGAAACCCGUAAAAUCAUGGAGUUUCUAAUAUGCAAACUGAUUAAGGGUGAUAUACGAUCGUUGGAGGAUUUGACGUAUGAAAAACGCAAGGAAUUCAUAGGAAAACAUAAACUUCCUGACGACAUUCCUCUCAUCUCAUUCCAUUCUGAAGCAAAUAUUGCACCAGGUGUUUUUGCCUCAAUGUCCCACAUUGCACAUGCAGAACUUCCCUGGCUUCCUUGUGCUGAAAAUGCUGUCCUAGCAGGGCGUAAGGUGCCCGUUAUGGUUCCAGUUUCUGCUGCCAUGGCGCUCUGUGCAUUCCAUCUGCAAUUAAGAUACGGGGAGAAGAGCGAUGGUCUUGUGACAUGCCGUGAUGCGGAAGUUCCAGGUUCGGUUGUGGUUAAAUCUGACUGGAAACUUGAUCAUGUGUGGAUGGUGUACUCAUCUUGGAAGAGGGACCCUAGUAAACCGGAUGCCUGUGAAAUGUGUGAAGCCCUGCUGACCAUGCUUGUGGAACUAGGAACCCCAAGUCAGAAGGCAAAGCAAUCUACAAACAGUGUGUGA